AUGGGAGUACUAGUCCAGGCGCUGGCCAGGCGGGAGACGCCGAGCCGAGACUUGCGCCCGUUCGUGAGGGGCCUGGAUCCUCGACGCGGCGUGGCUCAAGACCUGCUGGUCGAGGCUCUGAGGAAGAAGGAAGAGGAAGAGCGCGAGCGGGAGACACAGCAACAGCUGCAGGAGGGGCAGCAACAGCCGCAGCAGGAAGGAGAAGAAGGAGAGGAGAGGCGGUGGCAGCAAGGGGUCCAGCUUGAGGAGCUACUAGAGAAGGACCGGCAGCAGGAGCUGCAGGAGCUCCAGAGGCAACAGCAGCAAAAGAGUCAGCAGUUAGAAGAACUGCUCGAGCCACCGCCCCGCAGCCCGCCCCAGCCAGUGCCGCCGUCGCCACAGGGGCCUAAGACCGGGGAGGGGGGUCUGCCGGUCUAUGGUCCGCUGACCCCAGCGUGGCUCCGUCCGGGAGCGCCCGCUUCUAUCCCGGCUGAGCCAGGGCGGGCGGAUGGCGUGGUGGCGCUCGCUUGCAUGAUGCGCACCCCGGUGGACCCUCAGUUUGAGAUCAAGGGCACGAUCUACGGCAUCGAGGGGAUUGCUCCUGGAUUUCUCCGUGAACGACGACCGUGGGAGGACACCAACGCCGCCAGGGAGGACGAAGCCAGGACGUCGGGCGAUGGUAGCGCCAGUGAGACUGGGACCUGGAGGACAGUGGAUGACGACGGGCGAUUCCCCUCUCUCAUUGACCUAUUUUUGCAUCAUGGGGGUCGCUCAUCCGGGACUGUCCAAGAGCUCAUCCGAGGCGUGAAGGCACGCACAGAGGAGGAGAUGGAGAACUGGGGCCCCGGUCGGAUCCGCAUUCGGGCCUCCACCGACCCAUCCGAGCCUAAUAUAUUUAUGGAUGAUCGGAAAGAGGCCGAAAAGAUCUGA